AUGGCUGCCGCAAGAUUGUCGAUGCUCGAUAGAGCGCAAACUUUCCCUCGCAUCAACAAACCAACCGCCAGGAACCGGUCCGAGGCAUGGAUGACUGCGGAUGUCAGCCCGUAUUCUCGGGUGGAGCAGAAACGAGUUUGCUAUCCGACCCUAGAGCCGUGGUGCUCGCGGGAUGGAGAACGGAGUUUGGGCAAAGAACAUGCGGACACAUUCAAAGGCUUGAAAGCAAAGGAUAGCUUUCUGGGAUUGGGGACGAAAAUGAGAGAGAGGUGGUCGGUCAAGUUCGAGGGAGCUCAUAGGCGGGUAAGCGGUUCUGAUACGGCUGAAGUGCCGACGAUUAUGGUAGUGACUUGGGAUGAGAACGAUCGAGAUUAUGGAGUUGAAGAUGAAGAAUUGUGGACGCAAGCAUGCAAAGAUAUGGUGACCUUUUUGAGAGAUAAUGGCGCUGCUUAUUUUGGAGUCGAGAUCAUUUAUUGGGAUAAGCUGGAUUACCAAGUUGUGUCUUGA